CAGACGGAGAUGUGCCGUUCCUGGACGGAGACGGGGAGUUGCCGUUACGGAAGCAAGUGCCAGGCGAGUUUCGCUCAUGGUCCAGAGGAAUUGCGGCCAGUUGUACGACACCCCAAGUACAAGACCGAGCACUGCCGUACCUUCGCGGCGACUGGUAUCUGCCAGUACGGCAAUCGGUGCCGUUUCAUCCAUGCUGCCGCUCCGGGGAGCGCUGUUAGCACGCCACGUCCGCUGUUGGGCCCGGACAACGUGGGCGGUGGCGCUGCACUCCAGGGAGCGGCGGAGGCAGCCGGUACGGCUGUGUGGUCGCGGAGCGCGGGGUCGCCGGGCGCCGCCAACGGGGUGAGUUCUUCUUAA